AUGUCAACCCCCGCCCAACUAGCGGCGGAAAUGGAGGCCCUAUUGGCCUAUGAAACAGCGUCGAAUGAUGAGUUCUAUGAGUGCAACUCCGACCCGGAGGCCGCGGAGGGCGCGGCCGCGCAGGAAGAUGCCCCGGAGGCUCUCGACGACGCGCAACCUAGUGAAGAGGCCGCGGAGGCGCAGGAACAGGGCCCUGUGAUUCCAUUUGCGCUCCCGCCUAGUGACACUAUGUUUCACUCACUUGAGGAGGCCUGGGAGUUCCUUGAUGGAUGGACAGGGCCUCGCGGAUAUGGCCUCCGCAUUCAUCGACAAGGUCGUCCCAAUCUCAGCGGCGAAAUCAAUUCAAUCUACCUAGUCUGUGAUCGCGCUGAUCCGCGGAAUAAGAAAAGAAGCGCUGUUCAACGAUCUAGGGAUGGCUCUCUCUGGCGACUUAUUUCUACUCAUUUUGAGCACUCUCAUGAGCCUUCAUGGGGCCCUUUAAUAUAUCCUAGUCUCCGCCGACGUGGACAUCAAGGUGAGAUCUCUCAACUCAUUAAGGAGCAACUUCAUGAAGGCCUCGGAGCGCAGUUAACUACCUCUUGA